UAUAACAAUGUGCAUGAAUUGUACUUAAUUUGUUCGUUUUCUGUGGGUGCUUGAGCUAUUUCAUGCAAUAAAUUUUUUGCCCAUCUGGUUUACUUUUAAAAAACGUUUGUGCAAUAAUCCGGAUGUUUCUCAAUCAGCAACAAAAAAGAAUUGAUUUUAAUAAAUACAAAUUAUCAAUAAAAUAGUAAUAAAAAUGUCGAGACAUAGAGACAUACGUUGUAUGAACUAUUCUGAUGAAUACGAUGGAUAUGAUGAUGUGUAUGGCCAUUCGGUCGAAGAUGAUUAUUGUGUAUCUCCUGGAGCUGAACAAUUUAUGUAUGAUCGGAAUAAACAGCAAAACAUAGCUUCAUUUAUAACGGAGCCUGAUAUCAAAGAGGAUAAUGAAGAAGAGUACGAAGACGAAGCUGUAUCACCAAAAAAUUAUCAACUUUCAGAUAUUGAUACUGCCAAACUCAUGUCUUGUAUUGAAGUCAUAAGAAAUGUUAUUGGUGAUGCUCUUCCAGAUACAGUACUUAAAGAAAAAAUAAUUGCAUUUAACUUUGACACUCAAACUAUUUUAGAUCAUAUUUUGAAUACCACACUGGCAACAAAAACACCUACUGAAACUACAGUUGAAGCUAAAAAACACAUCGCAGCACAAACAGGUACCAAGAUGAUAACAAAACCUGUAAUUCAAGUAACAACACCGUCAACAGUAAAAGUUGUUUCAUCAACAAAUAGAUCAAUUAUAAAAGGUUUCGACCUUAGUGGUACUGAAAAUAAUGAUUUUCUUCAACCGCGGCAAGAAAGUCCAAGAUCUCAAAGUCCAUCAUCGUCUGAUUUUAAUUGCUCACCAAGGCUUCAAAGGAAACAAAAUGAAGGGAAUCAAAAAAAAUCUCUAAAUGCUUCUACAUCAAACUCACCACGAUGCCAAUCACCAAUGUCAGAACGAAUUUCUCCUGAUUCUGAUAUAAAAUCUAAGAAUCUUUUUGAAAAUAAAAGAGAUGUUUUAGAAAUUUAUAAAAGUAAACGAGAAAGUGUCAAAGAUCAAAUACAUCUUGUUGUUGUUGGUCAUGUUGAUGCUGGAAAAAGUACACUUUUAGGUAGAUUAUUGUAUGAUUUAGGACAAGUGUCUUCAAAAUUAAUACAUAAAUAUCAGCAAGAGAGUAAAAAAAUUGGCAAACAAUCAUUUGUUUAUGCUUGGGUGCUAGAUGAAACUGGUGAAGAACGGGAAAGAGGAAUAACUAUGGACGUUGGUUAUUCCAAAUUUGAGACUGAAACAAAAUGUAUAACAAUUUUAGAUGCUCCUGGCCACAAAGACUUUAUUCCGAAUAUGAUUAUUGGUGCUACACAAGCUGAUGUAGCUUUAUUAGUCGUUGAUGCUACAAGAGGUGAAUUUGAAACUGGAUUUGAUAGUGGAGGACAAACUCGAGAACAUGCUCUUUUACUUCGAUCUCUUGGUGUCUCGCAAAUUGCAGUUAUCGUUAAUAAGUUAGAUACAGUUGAUUGGUCAAAAGAAAGAUUUGAUGAAAUUGUUGAAAAGAUAAGUGUUUUUUUAAAACAAGCAGGUUUUCGAGAUUCUCUGACAUUUGUUCCUUGUAGUGGAUUGUCUGGAGAAAAUUUAGUUCAUCCACCAAAGGCUGAGGCUUUCGCUAAGUGGUAUAAUGGGCCAACUUUACUUUCAGUAAUUGAUAAUUUUAAAUGUCCAGAAAGACCACUUAUGAAACCAUUUCGUUUAUCAGUAAACGAUAUUUUUAAAGGAACUGGAUCAGGAUUUUGUGUAUCAGGUCAUAUAGAAACUGGUAUGGUUGCUGUAGGUGAUAAGGUUUUACUUUUACCGAGAAAUGAAUCAGGAGUUGUUAAAGGAAUAUCAAUAGAUGAAAAUUCGCUCACAACAGCCUUUGCAGGUGAUCAUGUAGCCUUAACAUUAUCAGGAAUUGAUCAACCAAAUGUUGGAAUUGGUGAUAUUCUUUGUAAUCCACAUAAACCAGUACCAGUAACAUCUUGUUUUGAAGCUCACGUUGUUAUAUUUGCUGUUGCAAUCCCUAUUACAAAAGGUUUACCUGUUGUUAUACAUAUUCAAUCAUUAGUAGAGCCUGCAGUUAUUACUAAACUCAUUGUACAAUUACAUAAAAGUUCAGGAGAAGUCAUGAAAAAGAAGCCUCGAUGUUUACCGAAAAAUUCUAGCGCUAUUAUUGAAAUUUCGACGCAAAGACCUAUUUGUUUAGAGCUCUAUCGUGAUGUUAAACAACUCGGUAGAGUAAUGUUACGUGUUUCUGGUAGUACUAUCGCAGCUGGCCUUGUGACAAAAAUUAAAUGAAUUUUUUAAAAGUGGAAACAACAAUCAUGAUAAAAUGUAUAUAAAUAUAUUAUAUGGAUUUUAUUAUUUAUUAUUAUGGAAUAAAUUUUUUUUCAUUGAACUAAAAUUUAUUAUG